GGAUGACGUCGAAGUAAAUGUUACAUGGAAGUAAAAGCGUGGAUGACACCAGAUUUUGUCAGCUUCCAGAAGGAAUUGCAUGCAUGUGUUGAGAAUGCACCAGAUGCAAAGAAUAUAGCAAGCUUGCCUGUGAAGAUGAGAUUAAGUGCCUAAUAACAAGAGAAAACACCUUAUCUGGCGAGUUAUUUUAAGAGCGGGAAAAAGCCGGCAUUGUUCUUCCGUGAGUUAAAGCAUAGCUAAUCGCGGUUGAUAAGAAACAACACAGUACUCUCUCAUCCUGCUUACUAUCUAGCAUUAUAUAUAGCAUUAUAUCUUUUUAAAAUAGAUUGUAAUUUUGAUCACGUCUAUAAAUAAACGAACAAUAAUGGCUGAUUAAAAUAUAUACAUUAACAGGCGGAUAACCUUUAUGAACAAGGUCACUACAGAAUAUUUCUAGUAUAAAUGUGAGUAUUUUAUGAUCAGGCGUCGUCAGCUGCCAUGGUGUUUCUGAGAGAGGGCCUGUGUCCUGGAUUGACUGAUGAAGUGGUUCAAGCACUGCGUGCCAAAAACAUUAGGACAGUUGUGGACCUUGUCUCUUCAGACGUCGAAGAUCUUGCACAGAAAUGUUCUGUGUCUUACAAGUCGCUGUUGGCCGUGCGCCGGGUGCUCUUGGCCCAGAACUCGGCUUUUCCCGUUACCGGGGCCGACCUCUAUGAGGAGCUGCUGAGCUCCACCGCCAUCCUCUCCACGGGAAAUGCCAGUUUGGAUAAGCUUCUAGACUCUGGCUUGUAUACUGGAGAACUGUCAGAGCUGGUUGGUGGCCCUGGGACUGGGAAGACUCAGAUAUGUCUUGGUGUGGCAGUAAAUAUAUCAUGUGAACUGAAGCAGAGUGUUCUAUAUAUUGAUUCCACGGGGGGACUGUCUGCUAACCGUUUGCUGCAGAUGAUAAAAGCCAAAAUUAGUAAUGCAGAAGAGCAGAUGGAAGCUCUUCGAAGAAUCCAAGUAUGUCCAGUGUUUGAUGUGUUUUCCUUGUUUGAGUGUCUGCACCAUUUCAGGAGUACUGGCCAUCAACAAUUCCUGGCUGGCGGCAGUUCUGUAAAGGCGGUAAUAGUGGACUCUGUGUCAGCUGUUCUGGCUCAUAUGCUGGGAGGCAGACAGACAGAGGGCAUGUCACUGAUGAUGCAAGUUGCAGGGGAACUGAGGACACUCGCCAAAGACCUUAACGUAGCCGUUCUAGUGACCAACCAUGUGACCAGGGACGGCAAUGGGAUGAUUAAGGCUGGAUUAGGACAGUCUUGGAGCCACACCCCUCGAACCCGGGUUCUCCUGCAGCGCAUAGAGCGUCCCGGGUCCACGUGCAGCAGCUUGCGGACUGCAACCCUGAUCAAGUCUUCUCGACAGCCAUGUUACAGUAUGGAGGAGUUUGACCUCAGAUACUGGGAACAAUGUGAAGAAAAGCUACACGGACUCCAGGGAAAGAGGAAACAAGUCAGCAACAGUCCCGGCUGAGGCCUGAAUGUUUAAAGUUUACGGACUAAAGGAAGCAUUUCAGGUUUUGCGCUAAUGACUCACCGCGGCUUUUAAAACCCUUUAUCUGUACAACAGCUGUAUCCUAUAAUGGCGAGGUGGUGCAGUCAUGCGCACACUGCUGGAAAAGGCCGCUCGAAAGAAAAACAGCUGAGCACAGAACUGCAAUUGUGAAAUGGCCAGACUGUGUAUAUUCGUGCCUUAAAUUUUACAGGAGUUAGGCAAGCGAAUUACUUUGGUGGUGGCUUGCUUGAUUUUUUUUUUUUGAACACGCUGCCUAGAUUUUGCUUGAAGUUGCAAAUAUUUUCUCAUUUAUUUUUGAUUGUGAACUAGCACACUUUAUAAAAAGAAGUCUCAUUUCUCGCACUAGAUGAAGUGAUGUCGGUGUUUUAGUUUUAAUGGUGGCAUGUUGCAUAGCACCAUUGCUUACACCUCCAAGGUGUGGCAGUUUGAAUCUGGCCUCUGCUCUUUGGGCAGUUUGGGCUGCAGUGAGAACACGCAAAGAUAUACAGUUACAUUGGUGUGUCUGACCUGUGUGCAGUGUGUGUGAGAGAGUGUAUGCAUGUGCCCUAUACUGCCUGGCCUAGGAUUUGUGGGCCCCAUCACCCUGGCAAGGAUAAGCAGCUAGUAGACGGAUAGUUUAUGUAGCAACAGAUAUGUAGCCAUUUGAAUAUCGUUAUUCAUCACUAAUAUAAUUUGAAAUUGUCAUGUUUAUUUCGCAUCACAUUUUUUUCCCCCCAAAGCAGCCACCAUAGCAUACUAGAGGAGACAUACCUCACAGAGUAAGGCUAGGGUAGGUGUCAUACCUAUCCCUGUAGCCAGGGGGCACCAUAUAAGCACAACAGUUCUAUAGGAGGUGUUUGCAGUACAGGAAACAGACUUCCUGAUCAACCAGGACCAUGAGGAAUAUGUCAAGUCAAGGCUCCAUUUUUGUUACAUUUUUAACUAUAUCACCAGUUAAAGAGCAGCCACAAAACCAACCAUUAAAUUCUAAACUUCUUUAUUGACUCGUUUCACCUUUAAGUCAAUAUGUUUGUUUCUUUUAUGUCCCAAGUGAAAGUGAGCGCUGUAUAAAAAGCACCGGGAGGACUUCCUGCAUUCGUUUAAAAAGCUGGAGCUCUUAUUUCAACAGUUCAUUUUUGAAAAGCUGUUCCAUCAGUACUUGAAUAAAAAGCUACCAAGCCACACCCA